GGUGCCGGCGGUCACUCCCAUUGGUUGCGGCGGGUGCCGGCAGCGGCCUGUCGGCGGUGAUGGAGCCGGCGGCAGCGCUGCAGAUCCUGGUGGCUGUCGCGCUGGCAGCCCUGGGCCUGCUCGUGUUUAUUGCACAUGCGACAGCGAUAAAAAUGCCAAACCUUGUUCGUGGAGAGAAAGAGAAGUAUUUCUUAAACGUAAAUUCUGCAAGAAAGGAAUUGUUCCCAAGUAUCCAUGAUCCUUCUACUAAAGAACUAUCUGUUAUUGUCCCAUCGUAUAAUGAAGAACAAAGAUUACCUCUGAUGAUGGAUGAAGCACUGGAAUAUUUGGAACAAAGACUGAAGAAAGACUCUUCAUUUUCCUAUGAGGUGAUUGUGGUGGAUGACGGCAGCAAAGACAAAACGACAGAGGUUGGAUUGACAUAUUCUAAGAAGUAUGGGUCAGAUGCAGUACGUGUACUAACGCUAACACAAAACCGUGGGAAAGGUGGAGCUAUUAAAAUGGGUGUACUGAGCUCGCGAGGAAGAUUUAUUCUCAUGGCUGAUGCCGACGGAGCUACUAAAUUUGCUGAUAUUGAGAAAGUCGAAGCGGCUCUGAAAGCUCUCCAGCCGGGCCCUGACGACAUGGCCAUUUCAUGUGGGUCAAGAGCUCAUUUGGAGAAAGAAACAAUCGCCAACCGUUCUUAUUUUCGGACACUGCUCAUGUAUGGGUUCCACUUUCUGGUGUGGUUUUUGUGUGUGAGGGGUGUCAAGGACACACAGUGCGGCUUCAAGCUUUUGACCAGAGAAGCAGCUCGAAGAACCUUCUCUACGUUGCAUGUGGACCGCUGGGCUUUUGACGUGGAACUCCUCUACAUUGCUCAGUGUUUAAAGAUUCCAAUUACAGAAGUCGCAGUGGAAUGGACAGAGAUCGAGGGAUCCAAGCUCGUUCCUUUCUGGAGUUGGCUACAGAUGGGUAAAGAUCUUCUCUUCAUUCGAUUACGUUACCUCACUGGUGCCUGGAAUCUGGAAAAGCCCAAAAAGGUCAAUUAAGUUAUUGGACUGUAAUUGAGAAGGUGAAACAGCAAAUGAGAAAGCUCAAACAAGAAUAUAAUCAGGGGACAGGGCGACUCAAGAGAUUUACUGCAGAAGGUGACAGAGUUUGCUUCGCUUUCAUGGCUCUCUAUGGAUUGCAUGCUGGAAAAUGAAGUGGAAACUUCCUGGACAGAUUGGUUGAAUCAGAGAUAAAAUGAUUCAAAAGACCAAAAAAACACAGGGGAACGGCUUAUAUUUAACGAAUAAUGGUGCAUCAUUCUCGUCUGUAUCAUGGUUAUAAUGUCUUGGACAACUCUUUCUGUAAAUGGGAUCCAAUUAAUGAAAUGCAUAUUUAGUGCUGAGUGAUUGACAGCACUGUCUUAAACAUUUUUGUACAAUUCGGUUGCCAAAUUAAACGAAAUUGCCAUGCCUCGUUGCAAAGAGAGCAUGACUCAAAA